CAGCCAGCGUAACGUCAAAAACUCGAAACUUCUGAUUUCCAAAAUUUUAUGCUGCUCUCUCUGUGGAGUUCAAGCAGUAAAUGUGAUAAGUGUCAUAGGCUUUUCACGACAGUGUCCUUUCCGCAGUCUUUUGAUUAAGUGUAAAAUUAUUUUUUGUGGAGCUUAUACAGAAUAUACCAAAGUAUUGUCCUGCAAAAUAUGAAAGUUUUUUUUUAAUUACGAUACUAUACAGUUUUAAAAGAAAUUUCUCUGAGUGCUUAUAACGAGUAUUCUCCUUUGUCUGCACUUCCACUAUAUAACUUAUUGUUGCAUGAGGGCUAUCGCCAAGAAAGUUUUGCUUCCCCCUUAGCCCAUCUUUCAAAGAAAACCAGGAGAAAAAGGACAUUUGAAAUGGAAGAUGCGAAUUCUCCUUUUAAUUGCAAUAAACUUUCGGCAAAGAGCUUCAAAUUGAUAUUCCAAAUGAAGACAAUCGAUGGUGUAUUUUCACUUAAAGUGCCUGGAAGGCUUCGUUAUGCAAUCUCUUUAAAGUCUUUUACUAUGGCCCCAUAAGGGAUUCAAUUAAAUUCAUUUUCUUUGAGAGUUUCACCCACCAUUCUACGAUGCAACUGCUUUUGCCAGGACGCUCUCUUGGUACAUUUGCUAGGGCACUUGGAAGAACGUGAUUUUCUUGAAAAGUUCAAAAAGAGACAAAUUGUGCAUUCAGAAUACAGGUUUUAUGCAAUUGUUCGGUGCCUUAGCGCCACGUAAAUACACCUCACAAUAAACACUUAUCAGCUCAUUAGUGUAUGAUAUCGUAACUGCUUUGUAGUACAAUUCCACGAGGGCAGUUUUCUGUAGAGAUAUUCAUAAAUAUGGUCUGAUAAGAUACAAAUAGCUUUUGACAAAUUCACGUGCACAUCAGAGGUCUUUGCAGGUCAAGACAUACGAUUGGUGAAUAUAUACAAGCCCAAUAAGUUUCAGCUUGCAACCCGUGCUACAGAAGAGAAUAUUUUGGUGGGUACUGAUAAAACCAUCUGCAGAUAAAGAUGUUGAAAGAAAUUCCCACAAUAAAGUUAAGUCUUACUUUUUUGUACCAAUCCUACUAACCCAAUAAAUCAUUUUGACUUUUCGAUACGUCAAUAUUUUCCCCAGAGAUUAUUACAGUAUCUCAAACGUAUCGAAACUGAUAAGGGCCGGUAGGUCAGUUGAUAUAAAUAGAUGCUGUAACAUUUAUUCCGAAUCAUUUGUCAGUGGCCAUAGUGGUAAAAUGAAGGUUACGCUUCUUGUAUUGGCUCUUGUGGGCUCUUCUCUGGGUCUCAUUAUGGACCGGGAGUGUCCCAAUCAUUCUGUUGUGGAGAACUUCAGUACCGAAGAGUACCAAGGAGUUUGGUAUGAAGUGUACCGAUAUGAGACAUCUGAACAAUACGGAAGUGACUGCGCUACCUUUGAGUACUACUCCACUGGGGAUGAUAGCUUUGACCUCGUUUUCCGUUGGGUCUACAUCGAGAAUGAUUUUGAAGAGCUCUACCGCUACGGAACUGCCAAUCGUGUUGCUGGUGCUGGUAGUGAUGCUCGUUUCGAAGCUGUAUUCGACGAUGAGCCAGGCCGAACCAUCAAUUACCAUAUCCUUGCCACCGAUUAUGAAUCCUUCUCUCUCGUCUGGAGCUGCCACAAUCUCGGAAAUGGUCAAUCCAACGAGGAUGCCUGGGUUUUGUCCAAGGUGCCACAUCCCGAUCCAGAGGAGUUCGAACAGGUUGUUGGUGAAGCUAUUGAUGAAUACCUCGACAGAGACCACCUCCGUGGCACAGUUCAGGGAUGGGAAAACUGCACCGGCAUUCCAGGAGCUGCUGCUUUGGGUGUCAAAUAAGAACAAGAUAGUUUUGGACAUUUUUGCUGAGAAAAUAAAUAUUUUUAUUUAAU